AUGCUUCUUGUGGAUGUUGUGACGGCGUACGUGCGACGCUUCGAUGCCCAUUUUGUUCAGAUCAUGUCCUCUCAUUGGUUUACCAAUGAUUUGAUCCAAAAUCCCGUAUCUCUGGUAAUUUCGGAGUUUCUCUUUGUCCUAUUCGUUUGUCUACUCACAUACGAGUCGAUAUACUGGACGGGCAUCUACUUGGGCUUGUGGGAAUACCACGCCAGAGAAAUCUUCACCGAGGUGCCAGUCCAUUGUGCUCAUGUCUAUGUUCGCAUUAACUUUGCUCGCAAGGCGGACCUUGAUAAGGUCAAACAGUACUAUAAGUUAAAGCAUGACUCCACAUACAACAUCUUAAACUGGAAACGACUCAAUGAAUUGGGCCAGGAUACUUUCGGGCUCCAGAAGUUCGUCAAGUACCACUUCGAAUUCAGUCCAGAGGACUUCGAGAACAAUCCCGAGCCUGAAUUCGGCUCCACAAUCGAGCACUUGAGAGAGAAGAUUCUCGACACCAUUCACGAGUCGUCAGUGUAUUCAGAAUUCAAGAAGGACAAACAAAUCUUCUCCAAGGAGGAUGUCUUUCUUCUCAAUAAUAAAACCAUUGAAGUGGGCCACGAAAGCGACAAGGUGUACUUGAGCAAGAUCCACAUAGAAACAGGUAAUGUCAUCGAUGCCGUUGUUGUUUACUAG